AUGAGUCUCCCUCUGUUCCUUCCCAUUCUGGACCCAGUGCCUCUUUCUGUUCCUGGCAAACGCGCUGCUGCCGCCGACAACAAACAAAAUAGCAAGGCAGAGCAACGCGUCAUCGAAAAGACGGACCGAGGCAUCAGCGUGUUGGACAAAGUACCGCCAGCCGCCGCUGAGCCGCCUCCAUCUGGUAACGGUCCUGGCAAUGGCGCAGGCACCGGCGGCACGGACACGCGAGAAUCCAGUCCCAAGCCGCGUGCCAUUGACUACAUUCCAGAAAUUGCACUGGCCGACUUGUCGGACGGCCAAGAGACGGACGGAUCGGGCGACGAGGAGGGCGACGAAGAGACCACGGAGACACCCCCGUCAUCCGCCAAGCAGACACCGCCAAGAGCGGUUGCCCAGCCGCCUUCCAAACGACGGCGACAAUCGGACGCGAAACGUGCACAGAGACAGCUUGCGUGGUUCUAUCACAAAUAUCGGCCAAGAAAUGCGCCUGUUGUUCUGACAGAGCCGCAUCGUCGCUACCUCGAAGAUGUGGGUGCGCUGCUUGAGCUGCCCAAGGCCACGGCCGAUGCCCUGCUCUCCAUCUACGUGUCUCUGCUCGACGACCUGCUGCCCAUCGUGGACGGUGCCAGUGUCUUUCGAGGGCACAGCAAUGGCCACACGUCCAUCUACUUGGUGCGGGCCAUGUGCCUCGUGGCCUGCAAGACAAGCCAGGCUGCUCCAUUCUUGCGGCUGAGUGACAACGGUCCUGCAUUGGCACCGCUUGAUUUCGCAGCUCGACUGCUUACGGGCCUCGACGCAGCCAUCAAGGCUGACCUCGAACCUGACAGGAUCACCAAGGUGCAGAUCCUGGCACUGAUGCACCUUCACAACGACGGUACGACCGGCACUCGACGAGCGGCAAGCUGUCUCGCGCAGGCUGUGUGCGAGGCAUGGUCGCUGUCAAUUCACUGGCGGUUGCCAACAAUUCCCGAUCAGGGAACAACUUCGACCGACUACCUGUGGUGGUCGCUGCGAAACCUCGACCGGCUGAGCAAACCGAUCAUGGCGGCGGCGCCCUUUCUGAUCAAUGACUCGGACGUCGGACUGCCGCGCAUUACUGCGAUAGGCAACAGCAGCAACUAUCGAGCACAGGUCAUGGCCCUUGCGACAGCACUAGGCGACCUUCUCGCGACGGCGACUACAAUAUUCAAGGCCUCGUCGAAAGCGACCGUCGACGACUGCCAGGAGUUCCCGACGUUUGCAACAGUUACGUCGGGUGCAGGUGUCCGACUAGACCAUUUUCACCAGUCGCAUCGGGACUAUCUCGAAAUCUGGUACUGCGUCGCCGCAAUGCUGUCUUGCCGAUAUAGCGGACCCGCCACCGCCCCAUACCAACGCCGCCUCGACGCCGCCGUUCGGGCCCUGUCUCUCAUCACAGAUGGCCAGCACACCCAUCUCCCCCCCUUGCCGCUCAUUCCAUAUGCUCUCUCCAUGGCCACCACCGUGGUCUACCGCGCCCUGCGUGACAAGCAACGCGAUGCCGUCACGUCACGUCGUGACUUGGCCCGCUGCUGCGAGGCCUUGGACGGGCUGGCACGGCUGUGGACGAGCGUGGCGGCCGUAGCAAAGCUGGCACGACGGCUGCUGCGACUGUUGGGUCUGAGAGCGGGGGAAAGACAACCGGGGCCGAACCACUACACACAGACGAACGUGGAUGGUCCAAAUGGCCUGCAGACGACGACGGCCGUGCCAGCGCCCGACUGGCAGUACGCCAACAUCCCUUUGGCAACCGCCGGCGUGGCGCCCGCCCUCGACUUUGAGACGCAGUUGGCCGCCGCGGACAGCUGGUCUGCUAGUUCGAGUGGUGGCGGCUUGGAAGGGCUAGACUCCUUGGAAGGUUUCGCCAACUUUGAGAGCCCGGGCACUUAUCCGCAGUUUGACGCGGCGUUCCACAACCUUUUUGACUUUGCCAUGCCCCCGGCGUUCCGCGAGCAAGAUGCAUGGGCCUUUUUUCCCACCGCCCCUGCUACCGCCGCCGCUGCUGCUGGAGCGAGCGUCGAUGGGAGUUCGACGGGCGGUGACUUCCCGAUGGUGGCGCCUCAUCCUUGA